CAUGCUCGUUCGCGGCGCCCAGUCAGCGCGUGGCUCGGUCAGCGGCAGGGGACCCAGGACGUCCGCCCGGCAGUGACUUCCCGGCACCGCAACCAGGCGCAUCCUCCCCCGGCCAACAUGUCAAAGUUGGAGCAGGUCCUCAUCCUUGACCCUCCUUCCGACCUCAGAUUCAAAGGUCCCUUCACAGUUGUAGUCACCACCAACCUCAAACUCAAGAACCCCUCGGACAGAAGAGUAUGUUUCAAGGUCAAGACGACAGCGCCGCGCAGAUACUGUGUACGGCCAAACAGCGGCGUCAUCGAUCCUGGAGCGACCGUCACCAUCUCUGUAAUGCUACAGCCCUUCGACUAUGACCCCAAUGAGAAAAGUAAACACAAAUUCAUGGUACAGAGCAUUUUUGCCCCACCACAUGUUACUGACAUGGAUUCAUUGUGGAAAGAUGCAAAACCCGAUGAUCUCAUGGAUUCCAAGCUGAGAUGUGUCUUCGAGCUGCCUUCUGAAAACGAUAAAGCGAAUGACGUGGAGGCGAUCAAAGCAGCCCCUGUGAUGAACUCUGCUAAGGCUGAUGUGCCCUCAGCGGCCAUGGCCGCGGCCAAGCCUGUCAGUGCCUCCCUUGACGACACAGAGAUGAAGAAAGUGCUGGAGGAGUGUAAGAGGCUGCAGGCCGAGAAGGGCAAGCUGGCUGAGGAGAACCGGCAACUUAAGGAUGAAGGCGUUAGAAUGAGAAAGGCGGUGCGCUCGGACCACAUGACUUCAAACUCCACCACUCUCCUUGGCCGAGAAACCACCGCCGCCUCCCUGCCCUCCCUCCUCGUUGUCAUAGCCGCCAUCUUCAUCGGGUUCUUCCUAGGGAAGUUCAUCUUGUAGACUGGGAGACGCAUGCCAGCUGUACCCCCCUCGACCCACCCACCCCCAAUCCCCUCCCCCAGCCCGUCUCCGGAAUUGAAAAAAAAAAAAGGCCUGGAUUUAACAUGAAGUCUUUCUGCUGACUUUGCCAUAUCAUUGGUAGUGCGGCCUGCAGUGAACAUGUCUGUAUGGCAUCAUACGAGGGCUUCACCUUUUUACAAUCUCUCACACGGUUAGUACACACACACACACAGCUGAGAAAGAAGGAGGUGGGGUUCGGUGAUUGUUCCGGUUUUGUUUUCUGUUAUUCAUGGCUGGAUGUACAGGUAAAGAAAUGAAAAGUUUAUCAAUCAACAUGGAAGGCAGUUGAGACGCGCCUAAAGUGACCUUGGGCGAGAGGCAGUCAACUACACAAAUUUGUUUGUUCUCUCUCUCUCUCUCUCUCUCUCUUUCUCUCUCUCUCUCUUCUCUCACAUAGGAAUUCAGUGGAAAUUUAGGUGUCUUGUAAAUGUUAUUUUAAAAUCCUUUUAAGAAAAGGAAAUGACUUACAUCAAAAAGAACUUACUACCUGUUGCUGGAUUGCCUCUGAAGUCUACUUAAUUGUUCAAUUUGUAAUUUCUACUUUUUCUCUUUGGGGAAUGUUUUGAGUCCAGCUGGGGAUAUAGGUGCCUCCUUCCUUGUAUAUUUCUGUCCUUUCCAAUCCCUGACAACACCAAUGCAGACUUUAUAUUAUUAUUAAUAUUAUUAUUUGUCUUUUUUUUUCUCUAUAAAUCAUAUAUUCCUUCUGAGGCAAGUGUUGACUGAAAUAAGUUCUCCAUUCUUACAAUCCUGUCCCAUGGUAAUAAGCAUUGAAGAAAUAAAAAUGAAAAAAUGUGGUUUUGA